UAAAAGCGCAGGUGGCGGCGCGGGCGGCCGCGGUCCGGAGCGGUGCGCGCUGUGCCAGGCUGGGCGCCUGGCUCCCCAGGGCUCCCCAAGAUGCUCUUCUGGCACACGCAGCCCGAGCACUACAACCAGCACUCCACCGGCAGCUACCUGCGUGACGUCCUUGCACUGCCGAUCUUCAAACAGGAGGAGCCCCAGCUGUCUCCUGAGAAUGACACCAAACUGCCUCCGUUUCAGUAUGUUCUCUGCACAGCCACAUCCCCUGCUGUAAAGCUGCAUGAAGAAACCCUUACCUAUCUCAACCAAGGUCAGUCUUAUGAAAUCCGUCUACUUGAGAAUAGGAAAUUGGGAGAGUUUCAAGAUUUAAACACAAAAUAUGUAAAGAGCAUCCUUCGGGUGGUUUUCCAUGAUCGGCGUCUGCAAUACACAGAACACCAGCAGCUGGAGGGCUGGAGAUGGAGCCGGCCUGGGGACCGCAUCCUUGAUAUAGAUAUCCCACUGUCAGUCGGUAUCUUAGAUCCCAGGGCCAGCCCGACCCAACUAAACACUGUUGAAUUUCUGUGGGAUCCGUCCAAAAGAGCAUCUGCAUUCAUUCAGGUACAUUGUAUCAGCACAGAAUUUACGCCAAGGAAACAUGGUGGAGAGAAAGGGGUGCCCUUCAGGAUACAAAUCGACACAUUUAAACAGAAUGAGAAUGGCGAAUAUACCGAACACUUGCAUUCUGCAAGCUGCCAGAUCAAAGUGUUCAAGCCUAAGGGAGCUGACAGAAAGCAGAAAACUGAUAGAGAGAAAAUGGAGAAGAAGACUGCCCAAGAGAAGGAGAAAUACCAGCCCUCCUACGAUACAACCAUUCUCACAGAGUGUUCUCCAUGGCCAGAUUUGCCUUAUCAAGUAAACAAUACUCCAUCACCAAGUUACAACAGUUCUCCAAACAGCUUCAGCCUUGGAGAUGGCAACAGUUCUCCAACCCACCAAGCGGAGCUCCUGCCUUCCAGCAACGAUCACCUCCUUCCCUCUGCUUCUAUUCAAGAUGUCCAGCAGUGGCUUCAUCGUAAUAGGUUUUCUCCAUUCUGUAGACUCUUCUCAAGUUUCUCGGGUGCUGACUUACUGAAGAUGUCCAAAGAAGAUUUUGUUCAGAUCUGUGGGCCUGCUGAUGGAAUUCGGCUCUUUAAUGCAAUCAAAGGAAGAAACGUAAGGCCUAAAAUGACAAUUUAUGUCUGUCAAGAACCAGAGCAGAACAGGUCUCAUCUGCACCAAAAACGAGAGAAUGGAGAUGGUAAUCUGUGUGUAUACCAUGCAGUCUUCUUGGAAGAGCUGACAACCCUGGAAUUAAUUGAGAAGAUUGCAAACUUGUAUAGCAUUUCCCCACAGCAGAUAAAUCGGAUCUAUCGGCAAGGACCUACAGGGAUCCAUGUAUUAGUGAGCAAUGAGAUGGUGCAAAACUUCCAGGAUGAGUCUUGUUUUGUUAUCAGCACAUUAAAAGCUGAAAGCAACGAUGGCUACCACAUCAUUUUAAAAUGACCACUCGGACUGUAACAACCUAAAACUUCGAUGCCUCACCAAGAUUGCUGCAACCCAGACUGGAAACAUGAAGAUCCAUUUGGAUAAAGCGCUCCCAUGAACUGAAAAAUACCAACGGUCUUAAGGAAAAACAAACUUCAUAGACAAGUGGUUUUCUGAGAAUGGAAAUAAGAAUAUCUUCAGCAAGUCUGUGUAUUUGUCUACCCCUUCCCUCCUAUUUAGGCUUUUAAGUUGUUGAGGGUCCUGCUUAUUGCUCAGAUACAUCUGCCUUUUUUUAAAGGGAAAUGCAAAACUAAAAGCAAUUCUCAUGGCUGGAAUUGGUUUAUCUACAGUGCCUUCUGAGUACGCUUGCAUUCAGCACCAGUUUCAUCUCAGAUAUAAGCUCUUAUCCUCUUUCUAGGCAGAGGACUAUGGGUGGGAUCCAUGAACGGGCGUAGAUGUAACAACAUUGAGUAUCAUAGUGCCUAGAAAAUCCCUGGAACAAAAUCAUGAGUCACAAAGCCAAUUUAGGCACCUCGGCGCCCUGUACAACAAAUGGGGAGAGAUAGGCGCCUUUGACUGCGAUCCACAAAGUCAGCACGCUGCAUGGAGGCACCUAUCUUGGCUAGUGAUUCACAAACUGGAGGAACACAGGUGCUUGGCUACCUGUGUGACACCCAAAACAUAACAGCUGGAGGGAAGGGGAGGAAGACCUCCCUUAUGUUUAGCCUGGUGGAUAUAGGGUACUUUCACAGGAUGUGGGAGAUCCCCAGUGCAAGUGCCCCCCAUCCCCAUCCUGAGGGGUAGAAACUUGGAAGAUCCCUGUUCAGAUUCUCUCAGGUGAGGUCCCUAGCCACCAGGCUAUGGAAAAUUCUGAGGUGGGGUUCCCUCAGUUUCUCCUGUUGAAGUUGUUCCAUUGUUUGAUUAAAGUGGAAUCUUUAGAUGCCUAAGUCCGUUUGUUUUCUGGCCCAAUUAAUAUUUAAGUAUCUGCGUGCAUCCUAGCCUGUGUUCCUAUAAUCAGUCGGUUAUGGCUGUUCGUGAUUCACACUGCAUUGUUCCAUCUUUCCUCUUAAAACAAACAACACUUUUCUCUCCUUCUCAGUGCUCCUGGUGAUCAUUUUGUCCUGCUGCCUUCCCAUUCAAUUUGACAACACAGCAGACGCUGGGCUAAUUUCCUCCUAGCCCAUUUUUUGGUACCCUGCUAAGCUUUUUCUAGACCUCUUCUCCAUCUGUCCUCUCUCUUUUUUCACUCAGCUGUAAGACCUGCUUUCAAAAAAUAUAUAAUUUUUUUUUUUUUGUAGCUACUUCUGUUCCACUGUUGCUACUAGAAGUGAAUGCGUAUUGUUCCAUUUUAGCCUGCUGCCAGAAGAACUCCACAUGGAUGGAAAUGUACACGCAAACAAUCCAAUGACAUUUUGGAGGAUGCAAAUGAGGACAAAUCAACUUGAGGCGAACAGUUCACACACCAUGUUAUAUUUUUUAGCUUAGAAUAGCUUCAGUCAAGUGCACUGGUUUUUGAUAAAGUGCUUUUGAAGUGGUAGACUGACUUUAAAUCUCUUGACAACUCAACUCUGGAUUUAUUCCAUUCAACAAAAGCUUGUGGUAACUGAUACUUGCUGUAAAUGUUAGAUUUUAGUUGUGGUAGCUUCUGUUUUCUACAUAAGCUAUCUGCUGUAGCAAAUGUAAUCCGUUUAUUUGAAUCUAAGAUCAGGUAAGGGGGCAUUCAGAGUACUUGUUCCUCGCAUACAUCUGCUGUGUCAUUCUUGCUUCCUGUUUGCAUGCCUGUAUCUACUGUUCUCCUUUUCAUCUUUAUGGGCCUGGUCUGGCUCCCAUUAAGCUAGUGGGAAGACUCCCAUUGAUUUCAAUUGAAGCUGGAUCAGGCCCUGGUUGCAUUUCACGCUUUGGUGGAUAAUUAGGAGAGCUGAUUGAAAAUGAAAAUUUCUGUCCUGUGGGCAAUUGAAACUGCCCUGAGUUGGUCUGAACAGUUGAAAUCCAAAUGUUUCACAGAAUGAAAAGUUUUGAAAAACCUCAGUUUUGGAAAUAUUGAAACAAAAAGUUUCAAAUUGGAAGUGUCAAAACAUUGUCAAAAUGGGUUGUAGUUCAGGGGCCUCCUUCUCCCCUGGGGGCUGGACUACAGUUCCCAUGAUGCAUUGUGUAGUAGGUUAGCCAGCGGGGGUGGGGUGCAAGGUGUGCAUAGCAGCAUAGUGCAUUAUGGAAGAUGUAAUGUGGUCUUGAGUCCAGCCCACAAUGGAAAAUGGGGACACGGGGCACUCUGGCAGAUCGAUUAAUUUCUAAUGGACACAACAAUUUUGAUUUUUUUUUUCAAAUAAAUAAAAUAAAAUAUAUAGAUAUAUAUGGGGGGGGAAAUCAAAAUUUUCCAAUGGAAAGGUGCGUCUUUUUAACAAAAAGAAAAGGAGUACUUGUGACACCUUAGAGACUAACCAAUUUAUUUGAGCAUAAGCUUUCGUGAGCUACAGCUCACGUCAUCGGAUCACUUCAUCACUUCACGAAAACUUAUGCUCAAAUAAAUUGAUUAGUCUCUAGGGUGCCACAAGUACUCCUUUUCUUUUUGCGAAUACAGACUAACACGGCUGCUACUCUGAAACCUGUUUUUUUAACAGAAACUGCCUCUUCCUGUCUCCCCCCCCCCAAAAAAAAUUACUACAGAUCUUUCCCAACCCCCUCCGCUAUUUAACAUUUCAAAAACAUGCCCCGCACUUGCCCAGUUGACUGCUUUGUACACUGCCCCAGCUGAAACCUUGUGCAGAAAGGUGGCCAAAGCUCUGGUUGAAUGAAUUUUAUUCAGAUUGGAGCAGGGGACUUUUGCUUGUGCCCCUGGUUUCCUGGGUGCAAGAUCUGAGCCACAUAGUUCUAUCAGGGCUUGUCUACACUAUGCAGCUUUUAGCCUUGUCGCUAAAGUCAGAGUGUGUAAACACGCUCUGUCAGUAUUUUGUCAGCACUUUUGCUGACAAAAUACUUCUAGCCCCACGAGUGGCAUUAGCUUUGUUGGCAGGUGUCAUAAACAUACAGCUAAGGGUACCAUAAAAUCCCUCCUUUACCUGUAAGGGGUUAAGAAGCAAAAAUAACCUGGUUUGCACCUGGCCAAAAGGACCAAUAAGGGAAGAAGAUCCUUUCAAAUCUGUGGGGGGAGGUUUUGUUUGUGCUUGCUUUGUUGUUCUCUCCAGGACAGAGAGAGACCAGGACAGGAAAAAAAUCUCCUAAAACCCUACCUGAAAUAAGCAUCUAAGAUUACAAAUUGUAAGUAAUAGCAAGGAAAUGGAUUAGAUUGUCUUUUGUUUUAGCUUGUGAAUUUUCCCUGUGCUAAGAGGGAGGUUUAUUCCUGUUUUUUGUAAAUUUAAAGUUUUGCCUAGAGGGGAAUCCUCUGUUUUAAAUCUUAUCUGUAAAAUCAGGAUGGAAGGUAAUUUUACAGGAGGUGCUUCUUUUACUUUUUUCUUUAUUAUAAAGUUCUGUUUUUAAGAACCUGAUUGGUUUUUAGUGUCCUAAAAAUCCAAGGGUCUGGUCUGUGUUCACCUUGUUUAACUAUUUGGUUGGUAGAUUAUCCUCAAGUGUCCCCAGGAGAGGGAGUGAAGGGUCUUGGGGGGAUAUUUUGGGGAAAUGGGAAGUCCAAGUGGUCCUUUUCCUGAAUCCUUGUCUAACUCACUUGGUGGUGGCAGCGAUACCACCCAAGGACAAAGAAGAAUUUGUGCCUUGGGGAAGUUUUUAACCUAAGCUGGUAGAAAUAAGCUUAAGGGGUCUUUCAUGCAGGUUCCCACAACUGUACCCUAGAGUUCAGAGUUGGGAGGGAAUCCUGACCUGGUGGCAGCGCGGUGGGAUCAUUUUGAACCAGAAGCCCAGACAUCAGGAUUUUAAAAACAUUUUUUCUUUUGACUGAUUGAAAACCAGGGAGAUUUUUUUUUUUAAAAGGAUACUUAUUUCCUCCCCCCCAGCCGCAGGGAAGAGUAGGUAAGUCCUGCAAGGGAAUUCACAAGCUGGUUUUUUUUUUUUUUUUUUUUUUUUUUUUUUUCUUUCUAGCUCUUGGGUUAGGCUAGGCUAAGUACAAAAAACAGGAAUAAACCUCCCUCUUAGCAUAGGAAAAAUUCACAAGCUAAAACAAAAGAUAAUCUAACACAUUUCCUCGCUAUUACUUACAAUUGUAAUCUUAGAUGCUUAUUUCAGGUAGGGUUUUAGAAGAUUUUUUUUCUUCCUGCCAUGGUCUCUCUCUGUUCUGGAGAGAACAAAGCGAGCACAAACAAAACCUCCCCCCCCAGAUUUGAAAGGAUCUUCUUCCCUUAUUGGUCCUUUUGGCCAGGUGCAAACCAGGUUAUUUUUGCUUCUUAACCCCUUACAGGUAAAGGAGGGAUUUUAUGGUACCCUUAGCUGUAUGUUUAUGACAGCAGGAGAGUGCUCCUGCCAACAAAGCCGCGUUCAUGCUGCCACUUGCGUCGGCAAAACUUUUGUCUUUCACAGGGGGGCUUUUUAAAGUACCCGUGAAAGACAAAAGUUUUGUUAACAUUGCAGUGUAGACAAGCCCUCAGUUGGAGUGCCCCACUCCCUUAUGUGGACCCCUUGAUUAAGUUGAAGUGUGAAUCUGAGGCAGUGCCACAGAACUUCUCUGGGCACAAGUUAGGGGGAUGGAAUGUCUUUGAUUUGGAAACAAAAAACACCCUUUCCUGGAGGGGGGCAAGGGAUGGAGAAUUUCCUGCAUAAGAGCUCUGCUGUGUGGCGGGAAGGCUACUGCUGUCUACUGGCUGCAGUAAGACCAAAGAGGGGAGAGCAUAGGUAAGACAUUCAUUUGUAUGCUGAGGGUCACCCUAAGCUCAGCUCUCGUAGACACAACCGUUCUCUAUGCCGUGCACUUGAGACUUUCUCCUGCUCAAUAAGGGGGGUUAGGAACUAAAGUCAGGUCUUGCUGGGAUGUGGGAUCCUAAGCUGUAGAUAAAGGUAGAUAUAACUUCAGCUAAGAAUCUGGAGUUCAGGGGUUAGAACCUACUCCUCUAACUCAUUGGAACGAGCCUGAGAAUACUUUACAAUCAGAUUCUUCUGGGGCUUGCAAAAUCCCUUACAUUACAGUAUGUGAAUAUUUGGAAAUGAGUGGAGGAGGGGAGGAAAUGUGUAGUGUUCGGCUAGUAUUGCCAGAAAAGAAAUCCAACUUAAAAGGCCCAGAGGUGCCUCAGAAAUCUCAGCCAAAAUGUUCCUGAGCCAUUGAAGCUUUAGACUUGUAAAUUCUGCUCUUCUGUAUGUGCUUAAUGUUAUGCACAGACUUCAGUGGCUCUAGCAUCAGGGCCUGUAUUUAAAACUACUGUAUUUAACUACCAGUUUAGGCGCCUGGCAAGUUAAUACCGCCCUACACCCUAAGACAUUAAAUGUAUAAAUAACAAUGUCAAGAGUCUAACUUGGACCAAGAAAUUUAGAGUUGAGGUUUCUCAUUCUGUCCUUAACUUACAGGUAGCUUCCCUAGUUUUAAAGCACUUACUCUGUGUGCUGCAUUGUUAGUUUCCUCUUGAUGAGUGGCACACAACUUCCACUAAUCAUGGAGGUGCCAGGUAGUGAUUCCUUACUUGAGGCUGUGUUCUAAAAUGGGGAAAACAUUCUAGUUUUUAUCUAAGAGUAGGUGCCUAAUUGGUGUGAAGUUUCACACUGGGUUAGUUUUUAUUCCCUUUGAAUUUCCUAUAUGGUGUCUCUUAAUAAUUUUUAAUUAAAAUUUGGGCUUUGCCUGCAUUUUUUUCCUCUGCAGUCCUAUUUUAUACUGUAGAACAAUAUCUCCUGAAAACGUUGCAUAUGUUGAGCAAAUCAGAAUAGUUUUUGUUUUUUAAAAAUUACUAAUUGGACUUCUCAUUUUGAGUAGAAAUCAUACUGUCCUAGAGGUCUGGGACUGCAGCAAUGCAUAAAUACAAACCCUGAGCAGGAGAUAGAGGCCUUAGUUCUGAAUAUUCUGGAAAAUUUCACUUUUACCGUGUUUUUAGUGGAAUCAUUUAUAAAAACUAAAUUUAAUGCAGACUGGUUAAUUAACUCUGGUUUAUUUUAAAAACAUUUUCCCAUAAGUGUAGGAGAUCUGAUCAUGAAGUACUAUGAAAUUCUGGUCAGCUCUGCCCUUUGUACUAGUUAGAGGUGUGAUUAUAUAUAUUUAAAGCCGAAAUACUUAUACGGGUACUACCCCAAUGUGGAUGAAGUUAGGCCAGUAUCAAGGUGCCAUACACCAUUUUAGCUUUGUUCUCUUCUCAUACAGGGAUAAGCUAUACUGGCAUAAGCACUCGUACAAUACUAGGGAGGACUAUAUUGCUUUAAUUGUACUCGUAUAGUUAGUGGUACAACUUUUAUGUGUAGAAAUGCCCUAACUUGUGAAGGAAUAAUUAUAGGUCUAUUGGGAUUACACUGACUCAAUGGGAAGCUUGGUAGACUGCACUUGCGUAAUUAAAAUCUAUCCCUACAAAUCUGUGUAGGUGCAUCCUGGCUAUAAGGGUGCAUUUUAAGAACUUCCUGGUGCCUGAUUUCAGGGCUACUGGGGUUUUUUAGAACGCCUACAUAGACAGGUUAUUAAUAUAAUAUGUCCUAAAGGCCAUAUGGGAGUUUGCAUUGACUAAAAAGAUCAUGCUGUAUAAUCCACAGACACUGCUGUGAUGGAUGCAUAGACCAAAAAUCCUUAUCAAUACACUGCCAAUGCAUAUAGGGACACCAGUCAGAGCAAUAUCUUUGGGUCAAAUCUAGGAGCAUGAUGCAGGCAAACCUCCCACUGCAGUUAUGUAUGUUUUGCCUUAGUAAAGUCUGAGCAAAGACUUCAGAUUUUGUCCUCUUGGCUGUUCUGUAUGUGUGUUAAAUGUCUAAAGGAAGAAAUCUCCACUAUGCUCAAAUUACUUUAGAAUAACCUAGUUUUAAUUUAAUUUAUAGCAGAUUUGGAAUCUACAGAAGUGCCUAAAUGUCUGAACCCUGUUAUGAUUUUGCCCUCUCUGAUGUGCUUUUAAACCCGAACUAAAGCCCUGCUUCUGGCUCUCAGGAGAAUGCAAUUUCUGUACUUUGCCCCUCUCCAGCUUUUCAUCCAGAAUUUGCAUGGUAGAUUUUAGAUUCCUGGAGGUUCUAAUGAAAACACACAUUGUAUCCUGAGUGGUCAUGGGAUCUGCAACAGUCGCAAUGCAAUACAGACUAACACGGCUGCGACUCUGAAACAAUGCAAUCUCUGGCUCAGAGCAGAAUAGAUGGGUGUGAAUGAAAGCAAUUUGACACCUCCCAGCAUGAAACCAGGCACGAACAUAUUCCCAAAACAGAGCCACAGCAACAGCUGAAGUUAUUUAAUCACCUUAUCAGCAGGCAGACAGGAGUAAGUGUGUGGGGACAAUUAGUGUCUAAUUGGUGGUUGUUAGAGAAAUCUUGAAAGCCCCUAUAUAUGUAUAUAUUCAGCUUCUGGAGGAAAAGGUACAAAUGUGCUGAUUUGAAUGAGUGCCUUCCUCUUAAAAUGGGACAGUUGCUGUUAGUCAAAAUGUAAACUCCACUUGCUUCCCCAGGUACCCACUCCUUGUUAUGUUAAUUGACCAGAAUUUAAACAGUCUGAGAUGUCUCCUGAUGCUUUUCAGACUUGGCUCUAGUUGCACUGAGUGGGAUCUAACUGGAUAUAAAAUCUCACGUUAAACACAUUGAAGAAUAUCUGUUUUGUUUUGUUUUUUAAAUCUUUGGAGGGCAAUUCCCUAAUAAUGUAAUAUAUAUACUGCACUGUGUAUAUUGACAUAUAUAUGAGCUAGGUAUUUGCUGUGUCCUUUGGCUUUAGUUGGCACUCUGCUUUGUUUAAUUUCUAUUCACUGUAAUGAACUCUGGUUGAUCAAGCUUAGAGACCCAACUGGCCCCAUUGGGUAGAAAUUUAAAAGUAUGUAAUCAUUGCUGUGGUUUGAAUUAAGCUUGGUACGCUUGAAAUUUCAUGAGUUUCUAUGGCAUAAACACAAUGCCUUGGUAAAGACAACCAUAUUUUUACACUAAUACUGUUACUCUAUAUUGUAGCUUCUAUAAGACUGAGUUAAAUGCAGUUUAAAAAAAAGAGAUUGGACAAAGCUUUGGAAUAAAAGCUAUUCCGUAAGCGGAACAACCACACAGCAACUAUGAUAGCUUGAUAAAGUAUUGCUUAAAUGCUUUGGAGGAUUGUUGGAAUUACAACAAAGGAUGACAGUGCUAGGGGUUUAAUUUGACUGUACUUUCAAAGAAACGCUUGCUCAGAUUGUAAUUAUUUUCUUCCUCCUUCAGCGAUGAAAUGGUUAACUUUCUGCAUAAUAAGCCAAUACUCAAUACUUUGCUAAGAUUAUGAUAUUCUGUUUGACAGCACAAUGUACUCCGAGUGGCGCAAAAGUUGUUUGCUGGGAUUAGCAUCAUGCAUAUGAAAAGGCAGACUGGCGUAUAUUUUAAUACACCUGUCUGUUUAAAAAUGGGUUAAGUUAGUGCCUAAUUUUCUGUGCAUUUCAGAUUUGUACCUUUUUUGGUAAUUCCCUAAAAUUUAUUCAGCACUCCCCACCCCCUAGGUUUUUCAUUUUUUUUUUUUUAAAUGGCUUGUAUUUCUCUAAAUUUAAAGUAAUCCUUUGUUUUCCCAGUUUGAUUGGGGUAGGUGUUUUUCUUUCCCAGGGCUAUGGGAGUCUCCUCUCUUCACUGACAAUGCAGCCAUUGACCAGUAAGUCUGUGAUUAGCAAAGGGCAAAUGGAGGUGGGUAGAAUGGAGGCUGAGGCAUACCAGUUGUGAGUAAUACUGCCACACUUUUUGGUUUUUUUUGUUCGUGAAAUAAAAAGCAUAUUUUGCACUGGCUAUUGUACUGUUGUGCAGAAGAAAAGAAAUCUGUAUCUAGAAUCUGUGCUCCAGUCAAAAUGCAAAUAAACUUGUUUGUAAGAAA